GUGCAGCGGAGAAAAAAGGCAAAAGGCAGAGAAAAGCUGCAUCCUCUCCUCACGCCUCGAAUUUUUUUAAUUUCUUUCAUUUUCUCUCCCACGCUUUUUUGGAAUCUAAACCAACAUCCCUUCGUCAGAGACCCAUCGUGAUCAUCUUCAUUGUGCUUCGUCUUUCUCUGCACGCUUCCAAGAUUUCACCUUUGUGAGCCGUCACUUCCACGUUCUUUAUCAAAGUUCACAUUUUUGUGAACUUGUUUCGUUGAGUUCUUUCGGGUUUCUUUUUGGUUUUCUAUCGGAGCUUGGAGUGAAAAUCUGCAGUGACUUUGACAUCUUUUUGGAGGAAGAUGUCGCUGAACUCUCGGGUCCCGCCUUCUUUCCCCUCUAUCAAUUCCUUGCCUGGGGAUUUUCGAUUCAUGGGUUCUCCAGCUUCUGAUCAACUUGAAAAAUCAGAUGAUGGGGAUUUGGGAAACGAUUAUGUGAAGCCAUUGACUAUUUCUGAAAAUGGUGAUUUAGGGGCUAAGGCUGUCGAGGGUCCUGUGGGUGACAUCGAUCAGGUUGUUGAGGAUUCACCCUAUGGUGGGAAUGCAGUUGAAUACAGGCCUUCAAUGGGUGAUGGAGAAUUGGAUUCAGUAGCUUCACAUUUACCUUCAAUCUCGGCAUCUCGUCGAGAACAUAGGUGGGAUGACACCACCUCCUUUGCUGCAAAAAAGAAGCUUCAAUCAUGGAUUCAACUUCCAAAUGGAAAUUGGGAGCUUGGAAAGAUUUUAUCAACCUCUGCAACUGAGUCUAUUAUUUCAUUGCCUGAUGGGAAAGUUUUAAACGUAAAAACUGAAAGCUUGGUACAAGCAAAUCCUGAUAUACUUGAUGGUGUAGAUGAUCUGAUGCAGCUAAGUUAUUUAAAUGAACCUUCAGUGUUAUACAAUCUUCAGUAUAGAUACAAUCAAGAUCUGAUAUAUACAAAAGCAGGCCCUGUUUUGGUUGCUAUAAAUCCCUUUAAGAAAGUUCCUUUAUACGAAAAUGAUUACAUUGAAGCAUAUAAGCGUAAAUCUAUUGAGAGCCCACAUGUGUAUGCCAUUACUGACACGGCUAUCCGGGAAAUGAUACGAGAUGAAGUAAAUCAAUCCAUCAUCAUAAGUGGUGAAAGUGGAGCUGGGAAAACUGAGACAGCAAAGAUAGCGAUGCAAUAUUUGGCUGCUCUUGGUGGUGGAAGUGGAAUAGAAUAUGAAAUAUUGAAGACUAAUCCGAUUCUAGAAGCUUUUGGUAAUGCAAAAACAUUGAGAAAUGACAAUUCAAGUCGUUUUGGAAAGCUGAUUGAAAUUCACUUCAGUGAAACUGGAAAAAUAUCUGGUGCCAAUAUUCAAACUUUUUUGCUCGAAAAGUCUAGAGUCGUCCAAUGCACCGAGGGAGAAAGGUCAUAUCAUAUCUUUUAUCAGCUCUGUGCUGGGGCUCCUACUGCUCUACGAGAGAAAAUAAACUUGAAGAGUGCAGAUGAGUAUAAAUAUCUAAGGCUGAGCAAUUGUUAUUCAAUUGGUGGGGUUAAUGAUACUGAACAAUUUCGCAUUGUUGUGGAAGCUUUGGAUGUUGUCCAUAUUAGCAAAGAAGAUCAACAGAGUGUAUUUGCAAUGCUUGCUGCUGUCUUGUGGCUUGGAAACAUCUCAUUUACCGUGAUUGACAAUGAAAAUCAUGUUGAAGCUGUGACAGAUGAAGGUCUAGAUAAUGCUGCUAAAUUAAUUGGAUGUGAUGUUGGGGAGCUUAAGUUAGCUUUGUCAACUCGCAAGAUGAGGGUUGGGAGUGAUAAUAUCGUCCAAAAGCUAACUCUAUCGCAGGCUAUUGACACAAGAGACGCCUUAGCAAAGUCAAUUUAUGCUUGUUUGUUUGAGUGGCUUGUAGAACAGAUCAACAAAUCUCUUGCUGUAGGCAAAAGGCGUACUGGCAGAUCCAUCAGCAUUCUUGAUAUCUAUGGCUUUGAAUCAUUUGAUAGGAAUAGCUUUGAACAGUUCUGCAUAAAUUAUGCAAAUGAGAGAUUGCAGCAACACUUUAAUCGUCAUCUAUUCAAGUUGGAACAAGAGGAAUAUAUCCAAGAUGGCAUUGACUGGGCAAAAGUUGAUUUCGAAGACAACCAAGAUUGUCUUAGUCUUUUUGAAAAGAAACCAUUGGGGUUAUUAUCCCUGUUAGAUGAGGAGUCAACUUUCCCAAAUGGCACGGAUUUGACCUUUGCCAACAAACUGAAGCAGCAUCUGAAUUCAAAUUCUAGUUUCAGAGGAGAACGAGGAAAAGCCUUUUCCGUUUGUCACUAUGCAGGGGAGGUUAUGUAUGACACCACUGGAUUCCUGGAGAAGAACAGGGAUUUAUUGCAUCUUGAUUCAAUUCAACUUUUGUCGUCAUGCUCUUGCCGCCUUCCUCAGAUAUUUGCUUCCAGUAUGCUUGCACAAUCUGAGAAACCUGCUGUUGGUCCUUCAUAUAAAUCAGGUGGAGCAGAUUCCCAAAAGCUAAGUGUCACGACAAAAUUUAAGGGUCAAUUAUUCCAGUUGAUGCAACGCCUAGAGAGCACGACCCCUCAUUUCAUUCGUUGUAUUAAGGCCAAUAACUUCCAGUCUCCUGGAUUGUUUGAGCAAGGACUUGUUCUGCAGCAGUUAAGAUGUUGCGGAGUCCUAGAAGUAGUUCGAAUAUCAAGAUCUGGCUUUCCCACGAGAAUGUCCCACCAGAAGUUUGCCCGGAGAUAUGGGUUUCUUCUGCUGGAGAAUGUUGCAUACCAGGAUCCACUUAGUGUUUCAGUUGCAAUUCUUCAUCAGUUCAAUAUCUUGCCCGAAAUGUAUCAAGUGGGCUAUACGAAGUUGUUCUUUCGUACUGGACAGAUUGGGGUGUUGGAGGACACGAGAAACCGUACCCUCCAUGGCAUUUUACGGGUUCAAAGCUGCUUCAGAGGGCACCAAGCACGCCGAUACAUUAAGGAACUUGGGAGAGGAAUAGCCACUCUUCAGUCAUUUGUUCGUGGAGACAAAAGCAGAAAGGAAUAUGCAGUAUUGCUUCAGAGACACAGAGCUGCUAUUUUAAUACAAAAGCAGUUGAAAGCAAAGAUUGGUAGGAGGAAAUUGAAGAGUAUGCAUGAUGCUUCAAUUGUGAUACAAUCAGUUAUUCGUGGCUGGCUGGUCAGAAGAUGCUCAAGAGAUUCAGGAUUACCAAAAUCGGGGGGGAUGAAGGAUAACGAGUCAGAUGAGGUGCUGGUGAAGUCUUCUUUCCUUGCUGAAUUGCAGCGUCGAGUUCUUAAGGCCGAGGCUGCUCUAAGAGAAAAAGAAGAGGAGAAUGACAUCCUUCACCAGCGUCUCCAACAGUAUGAGAGUCGGUGGUCUGAAUAUGAGUUGAAAAUGAAAUCCAUGGAAGAAGUGUGGCAGAAGCAAAUGAGAUCCCUACAAUCUAGCAUCUCCAUUGCAAAGAGGAGCCUAGUCAUUGAUGAUUCUGGAAGAAACUCCGAUGCGUCUGUAAAUGCAAGUGAUGACAGAGACUACAGCUCGGAAAUGGGUAGUAAUCAUAAGCAAGUUGAGAGCAAUGGGCUGAGGCCAAUGAGUGCCAGUUUAAGUGUAAUAAGCCGGUUGUCUGAAGAAUUUGAUCAGAGGAGUCAAGUAUUUGGUGAUGAUGCCAAGUUCUUGGUGGAGGUAAAAUCUGGUCAAGUCGAUGCAAAUUUGAAUCCAGACCGGGAGCUUAGGAGGUUGAAGCAGAUGUUUGAAGCUUGGAAGAAGGAUUAUGGAGCAAGACUAAGGGAGACAAAGGUAAUUUUGCAUAAGCUUGGAAAUGAAGAUGGCACUGUCUUGAAAAGAAAGUGGUGGGGAAGAAGAAACAGCUCAAGGAUGAGUUAGAUGGGUUAGAGUUAAUCUCAAUACUUUUUGGGUCCUUUUCUGUUUUCCUUCUUUGGAAAUCGUGAUGGUAAUGUUAACAACGUGAGAAGUGUGGAAGAGAAGGAAAAGCUCAAUGGUAAUCUUAAUUUUUGUGUAAAGGGUUUUCUUGUCUCCUCGUCUUUUGGCAGCUCUUUUAUAUUUAUGAUUGUGAGCUGUUGAAUACCGAGAUUGUGAAGAGCAUUGGUGUUACCAACAAUUUGGCACCACACACAGCCUGCCUUAGUAAUUAGAUCAUGUAUAUCAAAUUGAAUAUAGUUCCAAGGUAUUUUAAUGAAA